GAAGCAUUGCCUGACUCAAUCGAGAACCUAACCAAUUUAAAGUUCCUCGAUAUAUCUGAAUGUCUGGGCAUCGCAGAAUUCCCAGUGCAGAUUGGAAGAAGCUUGGACGAGAGAGAACGAGACAGUUUUAUAGAUAGAGAUAGAUAUAGAUCAGAUGGAGCUGGCGACGGAGUUUCAUCAACAAUUAAGAGCAUGUUCUCCUGCCUUGUUAAGAGGAAGAAGACUGGAUAUUUGGAGACGAGGCCAACAAGGAAGUUGCAGCUAGAUCUGAAUACAAUUGAAAGCUCUAGAGAAAAGAUGUUUCAGCAUUAUUAUAAUUUUCCUCAGGGUAAUAAAGUAUGGUCUGCCCCAGAGAUGCUGCGUUUAGAUAUUCCUGGCCUUCGUUCAUCUGCAUACUUUGAUUACACUGCUUUUAGUGCUGAUAAUUCUCCUUGUCAAAGUCCUCCUAGUAUAAGCCCAUGUCGAAACCCUGUUAGCCCAACUGGGACUCCCUCACCGAUGAAUUCCAAAUUGUCCCGUGAAACUGCUAGUCAUGUUGAAGUCCAUCUACCUCUUCCUCCAGGUUCACCCAUUUCUUCAGCUUCAACUUCUAUUCCACAUAUUCCAGCUAAACCUGAACCUUUUCCAAUGAAUAGUCAGUGGCAAAAGGGAAAGCUUAUUGGACGGGGUACUUUUGGAAGUGUUUAUGUUGCCAGCAAUCGAGAAACCGGAGCUUUGUGUGCGAUGAAAGAGGUUGAAAUAUUUCCCGGUGACCCAAAAUCUGCUGAGUGUAUAAAGCAACUGGAACAGGAAAUCAAAGUUCUUAGCCAAUUGAAGCACCCAAACAUUGUGCAGUAUUAUGGUAGUGAAAUAGUUGAAGACAAAUUUUAUAUAUAUCUGGAGUAUGUUCAUCCUGGUUCGAUUAACAAAUAUGUCCAUGAACAUUGUGGAGCAAUGACAGAGUCUGUUGUUCGCAAUUUUACUCGUCAUAUUCUUUUUGGAUUGGCUUACUUACAUAGUAAAAAGACGAUCCACAGGGACAUCAAAGGAGCUAAUCUACUUGUUGAUGCGUUAGGAAUUGUUAAGCUUGCUGACUUUGGAAUGGCUAAACUUCUGACUGGACAAGGAGCCCUUCUUUCUAUGAAGGGAAGCCCAUACUGGAUGGCUCCAGAGCUCAUAAUGUCGGUCAUGCAGAAAGAUGGCAACUCUGAUCUUGCACUUGCUGUUGAUAUCUGGAGCUUGGGUUGUACUAUAAUUGAAAUGUUUACUGGGAAACCUCCAUGGAGUGAGUUUGAAGGGGCUGCAGCUAUGUUUAAGGCUAUGAAGGAUAUCCCAACCAUACCUGAAAACUUAUCAGCUGAGGGCAAGGAUUUUUUGCGAUGUUGCUUCCGGAGAUAUCCUGCAGAGAGGCCAACUGCCAGCAUGUUACUAGAACACCAAUUCUUGAAAAACUCACAACAUACUGAUAUCACAUCUUGCUCUCAUCCGUUUAUUGGGAUGAAAUUGACUGAUAAACCCCAAACUCCCAGAGAAUUGUGAGGGUAAAAUUGAUCAGUUUCCUCUCUUCUGAGGCCACAAACUCAACAAAAUUGUCUUCUGAAAGAAUGAUCAAUGAUCCUCCGUUGAAACUUCCAACUAGAGUUUGCAUUUGAUAAUUCUCCAUGUUCAAUCUUCGAUGAUCUUCCUCGUUUAUGUCCUCUAUGCAUCAAGCACAGCACACACAGUUUAAUAUGGAGGAAAUGGAGGUUAUUCUAUCAUGUAUUGUCACUGUGUUGAUUGAUUCUGCCAUAGAAUUAUUUAGGAAGAUGGAGCUUGUGGGAAUUGAUCAAAGCCUCCUGAAGUCUGAAAAGUUAUUAAUAACAUCCUUCCUUGAAGCAAAAGUAUAACUAGGUAGAGUGAAUACAGAAGCAGGUUUGUGUACUCUACUAAUUAAAAAUCUGUGCAUAUGUAUCUGUAAAUUUUACUAAUUGAGGAUCAAUCUGUAGAUUUUGGCUUAACCUAGUCGCCUAUCAAUGUCAAUAUCAUGUUGGCUUUUUACCA